AUGGUUCAAACGCUAAAGAGUCUUUUUGCAGAGAACAUGAUAAUACAAGCAGUAUCAGCUCUUGGCCCUGUAUUACUCGGAGACUACGAAAUAUUCGAAUUAUUUGGAGUUGACGGUCAAAGAAUUUUUGCUGACCAAGCAUUCGCUGAUUUUACAAAAGAUCCCCCAAAAUUCCUUGAAUUUGAAUACGCGUGUUCAGUCUACAGCAUUUUACUCAAAAAAUACAAGAAUACAGAUUAUUACAAUUUAAUAUGCGACAGAAUCAAAGAAGUAAGUUCUAGAACUCUUCCGUUACACUUCAACAGACUCUUACUACAGUUAUCUCUAUCUCUUGAUGACAUUUUCAAAGACAAAACAGAAAGUGAUUCAUUAAAAUCGGCACAACUUCUUGCUUUAGGUAAAUUCAUCAGCGCAAACCAAGAUACAGUUGAUUACGAUAAAGCCAUUGACCUCUUCAUCCAGUUUGAGAACUCAGAAAAUGAUGUUUACUGUUCAUAUGUCGAAGGAUUCGCGAGUUGUGUCAAUUCAUUCCUUAGAUAUUACAAAGGUGACAAACACAUACGAGUUCUAUUGAACAUUCUGAAGAAAAACAACAAGAACUGGGUACAGGACAUGGAGGUCUCAAACUUGAUAUCGGUAAUCGACCACAGAAUUGCUGAAUCGAUGAUUCCUGCUUUACUCGGAAUAGAAGUUGAUCGAUUACUUUCUUUUUCUUUGUCUCCAAACACGAAAUUAUCAGAAGCUGCCAUGAACUCAUUGAAUACGAUCACUUCUUAUAAGACAAUUGGGUCAUUGCUGUACAAAAUAUCACUUUCUAACUGGUCAGAUGACUUCGUUGUCGCUAGAAGAUUCCAAUUAUUAUCAAUUCUCGCUUCAUCAUUCGAUGUUGAAGAAUUUAAGACAUUUAUUCCAAUAGCUUAUGAAUGUAUCUUGUAUUGCGAGUCAAUGGCUUCUAUUUCCAUGACUUUCCACUUUUUGAAGUAUAUUAAGAUAGACUACAUCACUCCUGAGAUAAGGGAAUACUGUUUUGAAUUCCUGAUAAACUCUUACGGCAACUUUACUCAGAUUCCUCUCUACAUUAGAAAUACAAACAGAAAUACCACGUGUCCGCCAUCGACAUUGUUGGAGUCUUAUGAUACAGAUAUUGUCAACCAUCCAGAGAUACACCAUAAAAUUGUUCUUGGACCAACAAAAAGCUGUUUUGAAUUUAUUUGUAAAAUUCCUCCAGAAAUUUUAGAAGAUACAUACACAUUGUUCUGGAUAUGCAUGGCAAUGAUCCCUAUUUUCGAUAAUGACGCUCUAGAAAAGGCAAUUUCAACAAAUGUGACUUUAAUUACAACAGAUACUGAACUUUGGUCAUCGGUCAUCAACACGUUCUUAUAUACAUCAGAUAACAAAGUCGCAGCAACCUGUUGCAAACUUUUGCUGAAACAAAAUGCAAAAUUCCAAAUGAAGUACAAAUUGUCAUCGAAAAGUACUUAA